AUGGAAAAUCUUACCAAGCAGGCUUUGAUUUGCAGUUUAUUAACAGCACUUGUUUUGUCAUCAUGCCCAAUAACAAUGUCUGAAAAUGCACAUUCAGAGGACGAGUAUACUUAUGAUAUAAAUAGCAAGACAGGACCAGAUCACUGGGGAGAACUAAAACCUGAAUGGAACCUAUGCAAGAAGGGAUCCAUGCAAUCCCCAAUUGAUUUCUCCAAUGAUAAGGUUAAAAAACUAACUAAUUUGGAAGAACUUCAAAUCAACUAUAAACCAUCCAAAGCAAUUAUUAAAAAUAGGGGAACUGAUAUCAAGGUGGAAUGGAAAGGGAAGAAAAGCAACAUAAAAAUUAAUGGAACUAAGUAUACACUUUUACAGUCUCAUUGGCAUUCUCCCUCUGAACAUGCCAUAGAUGGCACAAGGUUGGAUCUAGAGUUGCACAUGGUGCACCAAAGUCCAUCAGGACAACUUGCAGUGGUUGGAAUAAUGUACAGAGCUGGAAUAGCAGAUCCUUUCUUGUCAUCGUUAAAGGAAGUCUUAGAUGCCCUUUCUGAUAAAACUGGAGCAGAAAGAGAAGUGGAUGAACUGGAUCCUAAUGUGGUUAUGGAACGCGAAAGCGCAGCAUUUUAUUACAGAUAUAUUGGUUCUCUGACUUCUCCUCCAUGCUCGGAGAAUGUUAUUUGGACCGUCUUCAGAGAGGUGAGAUCAGUUUCUCAGGACCAAAUCAAAUUGCUUCAAGAGGCCGUUGAAGAUCAUGCAAGUUCCAAUGCACGACCACUGCAGAAAUUGAACAACCGCUUAGUGCAGUUCAAUGAUCCCGGAGUUAAAGAUUAGUGUGUUUCAAGGCAUUGACGAGGACAACUAU